AUGAAGCUACCUUUCAAUAUAAUUUUAAGGCCUAUUUUAAAAACUUAUUUUAAAAGAUCAAAGUUUUUUUGUCAACAUUAUACAUUUUCUGUUAGUGUUCCCUAUACAUAUAUUUAUAGUACUCUUGGUUUGUUCAUAAAUGUCCACCACUUAAAGAAACACCUCGGUGAGAUACCGUUAAUCGAUCAAGUUUCAGAAGAAUCGAACAAUAUCAAUAGAAAUGAAAUGCUCAUUCAUGAUUUAAAAAUUAUAGCUAUAUCUAUGGGUUUGGUUCAGUAUACAUGUCUUCUAUUCGGAUGUUUCACAAGUGAUUCAGUAAAUUGCGAGAGUACUGGCAUCCGAGUAAAAUUGCGGGCUUUGCUGGUAGCUCUUUUAGGAGUGUCGAUGUCAGCUUGCGCAUUUGCAUCGCAGCCUGUCGAACUGGAACUCGACGAUGAUGAAGUUAACCAAAGACUAAAUAAUGUUAGCUUUGCAAGGCGUAUUACAAAACCUACAAUCCGGCUUGUAAUGGGAUACGGAAAACUUAGCGCGUUCGUCACAGCUUGCACUUCGCUUUUACUACUCAUCGCUGUUAUGUCCAAGCAAUCAUGGUGGCGACGUGGUGCCAGAUGGUUAGCGGCACCUGCAUUGCUGGUUGCUGCAUUAGAAGCGGCUUCAGAUGCUAGUGACGCAUUGUUAGCAGCAAUGUUGCGAGGGUCGGCUGAGCCAGCUUUGGUCGCUGGACAAACUGCCGCUGCUUGCCUCCUGAUCACUGUUGAGAUCCUUGUCUGGUACUUUAUUGCUAAGUUUUUUGAAUUUAACCCAGCAAUAUCCUUGCCACCUCCUAAGGAAUCUUUACUAAAACCUGCGAUUACUUACCAGCAAUAAAGUAAUAUAGUUACAUACUUAUAGGUUUCAAACCAUGUAUUCUCCG